AUGUUGGCUACAGAUGCACCUCAACAAGCCCAUUAUCUAAGUAUGCAAAAUGCAAGUGUUACCUAUCAAGAUGCGCUUGAGAUUAUAAGCAAAGGAACAUAUUUGGAGAUGGCUAAGAUCUUUAACACCUUUACCAUUAUAGAUCUUUCUCACAACCAGUUUGGAGGAAACAUUCCAGUUGCAAUUGGGGAACUGAAGCCAUUAAUGGGGCUCAAUUUAUCUGCAAACAACCUCACAAGACAAAUUCCAUCUUCAUUUGCUCAGUUGAUCAGUCUUGAGUCGUUAGAUCUUUCCAAAAAUAGUUUAUCAGGGGAAAUCCCCCCACAAUUGGGAAGUGUCACUUUCCUUUCAGUUUUGGAUCUAUCACAAAACUAUCUCUCAAGAAUGAUACCACAGUGUAACCAAUUUGGAACAUAUCCAGCUGCUUCAUAUGAAGGGAAUGUGGGAUUAUGUGGAUUUCCAUUAACAAAAAUAUGUGGAUCAAUAAUAGAAAGAACAUUACCUCUAGCUUCAACACUUGAAAAAGAAGAACAUUCUACAAGUUUAUUUGAUUGGAGAUUUUUCAUUGCAGGGUAUUGUUCUGGAGUGAUAAUUGGCGUGUUCAUUGGACAAACUAUGUUCUGGAGAAUCAUUGGAUGA